AACAACAACAAAAAACAACAACAACAACAACAACAACAACAACAACUACAACAACAACAACAACAACGACAACAACUACGACAACAACAACAACAGCAACAUGGCAUAUCACAAGAUGUUCACCAAAAUGGCCCAUUACAACAUCAGGAACACGAUAUUCAUCAAUGUAUACGACAAAAUUCCCUCCUACAUCAGCUACAACACAAUAUUCAACUACAGCCAUAUCAAAAACGUCAACAUUUCCACGUAAAACAUGAGGGGACAUCAAACGGUUACCGUGAAAGUAAAAGAUACAUAAAUCAUGUGGAUGAAGGAAAUGAUGAGGAUGGUGAAAAUGAAGUGAUGAUCAAAGAUUCUUUUCAAGAGAUGAUGAAAAAUUGGGAAGAAACAAAAGUGGUUGAAAAACAAGAACUGAACGAGUUUGAACUUUUGGAAGAAGCUGCGGCUGCUAAUUGUUCACUUUCGUCCAACUCAUCCACGGUGCUCCGAUUUUUGGGUAAAAAAGUCAUUAAACAAGGAAAUCCUGAUGUAAACAAUAACGACGACUUCACAAAGUCAACAAAAAUACAAACACAAUCUAUAAAAGAAAAUGAUGGAAACCAUACAUUGACUGAAGAAGAUCAGUUUGAUAAAGACGAAACGUUAAAACAACUAGAAGUUGUUAGCCUUCGUUCAUCGCUUGCUCUUUCUGACGAUUUUGACGACACAAAGACCUGGGACGAGAACGAUGUUUUGAACGUGAGUGACGUUGCUGAUAAUGUUUUGCAUUCAUUGAACACGUCAACGCCUGACGAUAAGAAACAUCAUGUGAAUGCGCUUUCUCAGACUGUGGAAGAGAGAUUAGUGACCAGGUCUACAACACCACCAACCUCAUCGCUUGUAACAAAAUUUUUUCCUUCAGUGAAGUCUGGAAAACAACAUGUUUCACAAAAGCUGCAGGACACAUGUCUGCAAUCAAAGACCAUGGUACGAACAGUUGAGCCAGUUACGAGGGAGAACAGCAUCCCAAAUGUAGAAGAAAAUACCGACCCGCAAUCAGGAAUGAGCUAUGCCGUUCGUAAAAAACUUCAGGAACUGGAAAAAGAGAUUGAAAAAUUUCGCGAGGAAAACAUCGCACUUCAUAAAUUGCGAGAAGAAAGAGAGAAAGAUUUUCAAAACUUACAAAAAGAACGCUCAUCUUUUGAGAAAUACAAAACACAGGAACUUGAAAGACUGGAAAAGUUUAAAACAGAGGAAGAGAAACGAUUGAGGAGAGACAAACGAAUUUUUGAACAAUACCAAAAGGCCUCGCGAGCUCUACCUGAUAAAAAAGAACGCGAGGAGAUCACAGUGUUGAAGUCAAAGAUUACUGAAUUACAGGAAGAGCUGAAACUUCGGGAAACACGUUGGUCAGCGGCCAUUACCCGAUACAAGGAUCGAAUCAGCGCACUCGAAAACGAAGUUCGUGAAAUACGAAACGAAGCAAAAUUAUUAGAGAAACAAAACUUUGACCUGCAGAAAAAGGAACAACAGAAAAGUCGUGAGAGACAAGAGUUUAAGGGCUUUGAAAAACAGAAGAGUGAAAUACCAUCAAGCUUUAAGGUUCAUUCUCCCGAGGAAAUUCAAUCAAAGAAAACCCUAGCUGUCAUUUCUGACGAUGAACCCGUUUGUGCUGUCCGUAAUAAAAGCUUCAACACCCAUGAAACUGAAAACUAUUCGCUUGUUGAGUCGAAAAGUACUAGUGAUUAUAACAAUAAAAUACAAUUUGAAGAAAAUAUUGAUUCAAUACUGAAGCAAAACAAUGCAACACAGUCACCACUGACAAUGAAAAACGCUCAGAAACACACGUCACCGUCGACAGAAAACGCUCAGAAACACACGUCACCGUCGACAGAAAACGCUCGAAAACACUCGUCACCGUCGACAGAAAACGCUCGAAAACACUCGUCACCUACAAAGCAAAGUAGUUCCCAAGCAAAGAGUGUUAGAUUUAAAGAGGACACAAGAAGUCAUCAUAAAAUUACACCACAUAAACAAUUUUCUAGUGAUGGAAAGCGCGAGACCAUUAACCCAGACGGGUCACGUGUUGUGACGUUUGCGAAUGGAACACGAAAGGAGAUCAGUGAUGAUGGUCUUUCGGUUGUAGUGACGUUUUUCAAUGGAGAUAUCAAACAGAUUUUUCCUGAUAAGAGAGUAGAAUAUUUCUACGCUGAAGUUAAAACAACUCACACGACAUAUCCUGAUGGACUAGAAGUAUUACAUUUUCCAAGUGGCCAGAUAGAAAAGCAUUACCCAGAUGGUACAAAGGAAAUUAUCUUUCCUGAUGCAACUGUAAAGUAUUUUUAUACAUCUGGUGAUGAAGAAUGCGUCUUUACAGACGGUACAGUAGAAAGGAUAAAUAGAAAUGGAGAGAGACUUGUCGAAUUUCCAAAUGGACAACGUGAGAUUUAUACUGAACUAUUUAAGAAACGGGAAUUUCCAGAUGGAACCGUGAAAACCGUGUACUUUGAUGGACGUCAGGAAACGCGCUAUGCCUCUGGCAGGCUGAGAGUAAAAGAUAGUGAAGGUAGAAUUUUGGUAGAUACUGCUGAGAAAAAUUCACCUUUCAAUUCUCAAAUUGUGUCAACAUAGUUUGAGUUGUGUCGCAUUGGGUAAGUCAAAAAUUGAAAGAAAGCAAAGAAAUUUCAAACUUGCAUUUGUAGUAAAUGAAUUUCCCAUAGUCUCCUUGCAGUAUUGAUAAAACCUGUUGAUUUCAACAAACAUGUUUCACAAGAUGCCACAUUGAAGAUAAAAAUGUUUGCUACAGCUUCUGGUGACAAAUUAUUGUUGUACAUACAAAGAUAAAAAUUCCAGAGAAAUUCGAGAUAUUUAUUACUGAAUUAACUCCUCAAAAACUGAACAAAUACAACACUUGAUCAUUAUUACAUGAAUAGCAUACCAUGGUUCUCAAA